GAGAGAGGUCUGAGAGUUAAUAGAGAGGUGUGAGUCCCUUCGCCGCCUUGACCUCCAUCUUGCUAGGAAGAAGAAGAAGAAGAAGAAGAGGCGGUCUGCUUCCCGUGACGGCAUUUGCACCCUCCUCAUUCAAUUUUUCCUUCUUCAUUACAUCCGUGUUGCUUCUCUCCGCCCCUCUUCAUGACGCCUCCGGCGAUUUCUCCUUGUCAGUGAACGACGUCGUACCCUCAUUCUGCAGAGCAAAGGGAAGUUAUUCUUCCUCUUUCUCUCUCCUGGGACUCCGUCGUCGACGGGGGGCCGAUCGAGCCCACUGGAUAUCGGUGGUGAUGUUUACCAGUAACAGGGCCAGCUGGUUACCAUCCAAAAGUAUGGAAAGUUCUUAAUCAGUAUUCAAUAUGUUGUAAUUGGUAUGCAUUACUUACAAUUACAUUUUUCAGUGGUAAACAAGUUUGAAGUAAUGCUACUGUCAAGGCCGCUUCUUUUCUAACCAUAGUAGAUGCUGCAUGGUUGCCCAUGCACCAUUUGUAAGAGAUGGGAUCUGUUUCUGAAAUUGAAGAAACAAUUGGAGAUUUGAAUUCUGUUCACACUUCUAAAGAAUGUAGUCCAGUCUGUGUUAUCACAAAGCAAGGAAACAAAACUGGGAAACAGUUAAUGUCAUUUGUGUCAGAGGAGUACUCAGUUGAAAGCCGGAUCAAUCAGCUAUUUGAGGCUAUUGAUUUUCAAACUAUAUCAAAUGAACUUCUUCAUUGUCAGCGGUCACAGGCAGGUCCAUCAUGGAAAAACACCUCAAAACGGCCCAUCAGGGUGGGAUUAUCGCAAGCGUCAGGAAUAGGUAUUUCUGAAUCUAUUACCCUGAAGCAGGCUUUGAGAGGAUUAUGCAUUUCCCAUGCUUCUGAGCUGGCUUCCAUGAAGAGGAAGCCAAAAUCUGUUGGAUCAUCCAAUCUGUCUGAAGCCACCACCUUUAAAAGAUUGUAUGGGGCAGUUGUCGUUCAGGUCGGUGAAUCUCUUCAGUCUCUUAAUUCCAAUGGAGUGACUACCCUAAGAGUCAAUGGUGCCAUAGAUACGUCUGAAGUUAGUGAUAUAAGUAAGAUUACACAUAAAGACUCUGAACAAGAGAUCAUUCCUGUUCCAGAUAAUGGCAACUCAAAGUUGUCGGAACAGGUAACCGGUUCUAGACCAGUGUCAUCAUCACCAUCAUUCACACAGAAACCCGGGCCUAAACAUGGAUCUGCAGUUGACACUCUGUUAAAACCAAUUAAGAUAAAACCUCUGGAUAAGGAUACAGAAAUAUCAGUUCAACGUACACCAAGGCCGUUAAUGCCUAAGCUACUCAAUCGGAAGGUUGUUUCUGCAUCUUCUCCAUCAUCUGAUGUUCCUACUGUUACUUGUGAAACAAAGAGUAAAUUAAGUCCACGCUUGAAAAAAAUUGUCCACAGGACCAAGAGCCAUACUGUGAAAAAGGAAAAACAAGAAGUCAGUGCUGCAUCAACAGGUUCAAUUCCCCAAAAUGGUGUUGCAAAUCCCACGGUUUCGUGUACAUGCUCACAUCAGCCAGGGUGUGCACUUAACACCUCUAGCAAAAAGGAAGUUGGUAUAAAGUGUCCCUCCCCAGCAUCCUGUGCUUCACAUAGUCAUUCUGGACCCACAAUUCACAAGUUGAAAGUUAGUGCAGGAGAGACUCCUAGAACUCCAACCAUCGCUAACCAGUAUCAAUAUAGCGGUUCAACAAAAAUUGACCAUUCAAAGACAAAAGAAAAGGGAGAAUGUUCCCAGAGCUCCUUGAGCAGCAUUGGUGAGUAUAGUAGCAGUAGUGGCAACAGUGAUGAGAGCAGUACAAGCAUAUCUAGCUCUCAUGGCAACAGGCCUCAUAUGUCAAAAGAUUCAAGAUGGGCAGCUAUUCGCCUUGUGGAGAUGCAUCAUGGAAUUCUUGGACUGAGGCACUUCAAAUUAGUUAAGCGGCUUGGUUGUGGAGAUAUUGGCAGUGUAUAUCUUGCGGAACUCAUGGGUACAAAUUGCCAAUUUGCUUUGAAAGUAAUGGAUGCUGAGUUCUUGGUGAGCAGAAAGAAGAUGCUAAGGGCUCAAACUGAAAGAGAAAUUCUCCAGAUGCUGGAUCAUCCAUUCCUUCCAACAUUGUAUGCCCAUUUUGCCACAGACAGGCUCUUGUGCUUGGUAAUGGAGUAUUGUCCAGGUGGAGACCUGCAUGUACUUCGGCAGAAGCAGCCAGGCAAAUGUUUCCCAGAGCAAGCAGCAAGGUUUUAUGCCGCAGAAAUCCUCCUCGCUUUGGAGUAUUUGCACAUGCUGGGCGUGAUAUAUCGAGACCUCAAACCAGAAAACGUCCUUGUCAGAGAGGACGGGCAUAUCAUGCUAUCUGAUUUCGACCUGUCGCUCCGGUGUGCAGUGAAUCCAAUGCUGAUCGGAUUAUCCUCUGGCUUUGAGGGUGCAAGGCUUUCUGGAGCUUGUUCAGGGGCGGGAUGCAUGGAUCCGCUGUGUGCGGAACGUGCAUGGGUCCAGGUACCAUGCUUCACGCCAAAGCUGAUGCCAGUGAGUGCAAAAGCCAGAAGAACAAAAGCUGAUGCCUCCAUGCAUGCUAGCCCACUUCCUCAGCUAGUGGUAGAGCCCACGAGCGCGAGGUCGAACUCGUUUGUGGGUACACACGAGUACUUGGCCCCUGAAAUUAUCAAGGGAGACGGACAUGGCAGUGCUGUUGAUUGGUGGACAUUCGGGAUCUUUCUCUAUGAACUCCUCUAUGGAAAAACGCCCUUCAAAGGUGUUGAUAAUCAAGAGACCUUGUCCAAUGCAGUCUCGAUGAGCUUGAAGUUCCCGGAAACUCCAGCCAUCAGCUCUCACGCAAGGGACCUGAUCAAAGGGCUGCUGUCAAAGGAUCCGGAGAGCAGAUUGGGGUGUGUCAGGGGAGCUGCCGAGAUCAAGAACCAUCCAUUUUUCGAGGGCCUGAAUUGGGCAUUGAUUCGCUGUACCACCCCACCUGAGGUACUGAAGGCUACCCAGGCUGUGAUUCCGCCGCAAAAGAAAGACACGAAGGUUAUAGAGUCGAAGAAGAAGACUACGGAAGAGAAGUCAGAGUUUGAGAAUUUCUAGCCUGUUAAACACUGGAAGAGAGUGAUGUUCCCUUCGCUCCAUUCUUUUAGUUUUGUUCUCUGUCUGCAUACUCGGAGCAUGGAAAAUGUCGGUGAAAGGCCUAGUGUUGUCCAUAAUAUGAUGCAUUUCGUCUCACGCAAAAAGGGACGCCCCCCUCAACUUGCCCAUGUCCUGUGCAUGUAUGAUUGUAUCCUUGCGUGUGCGAGGGAGCGAGAGAAGACAUAACAUGUGCAUUUUUUGGACGUGUCAACAGCUUUUGAAGAGACUACCAAAGGGGAUGAGGUUUCCAGAUCGGAGAAAACCGUGUUGGAAAUGUUGCAGUGAUGGGGAGGACUGUAGCCUCCAUGGACAGUAACACUAUCUUCAGGUGGAGCCCACACUGUGAGAUUUCUCUUGUCGCGUCCCUUUUCCAUUUUCUGCUGCCGGAACGAUCAUAUCAGGACGGCCAGUGUAUCAGGCACGGACUUGUUCACUUGUCCUCUCCUUUGCCGACGAGACAGGUCCAGUACAAGGGAGCCAGCGAGGAUCAGGAUCUUUCGUCCGCGUCUGGUUCUUAGGAUCCUUGUUUAGGGAACGUGGUGGGAAACAUCAUCAUGCGGAGUAGGGAAGGGACUGUGAAUGCAUGAGGUAAAAAAGGCGAAUGGCUUCUAAGUUCUAACUACUGCCGCCCAUGGAUGACCUGAAUGGUCUUUUCAGCAAAGUAAAUCUAAGACGUGUUUGAAGACA